UAGCAAAAUAGUCCUGUGAGCGGAGCAGUAAUCGUGGAGAGUUGAUGUCGGCUUAACAGGCACUGUGGAUGACUGUUUGAAAGUGCUUUAGUUAUUGUGUUCGCGAGCCGUAAAUGAUUCCCUGCACCUGGAGUUUUGUCAUCAGUUGACGUGGUGGCAAAAAAAGAGUUCUUCACUGGCGGCCACCUGGCUGGAGUAUCUACGCUCAUGCCGCCAUUGUAUUACAUGAAAAGGGCUCCGAAGCCCUUCAACUAAAGGUAUUUGUGGAAUUCAGUGUUAUUACGCUCCAUGUCUGCGUCGGGGCGGUCAUGGACCAUUUUGGUGAGGUCUUGGAUAACGAUGUGAACCGUUUUUCCGAGGAUCUAAGUCUUUUCGAAGUCCCGACGCCGAAAUCUUACUGGCGAGAAGUGACAGCGAAGAAAUCGGACACUUCGGCCGGGCUGGAGUUCAAGAACAAACAGAGUGUCUUUAUGGCACAAGUCCAAUCUCCGACACAAACGCAACAGAGGUAUACGCCUAAGACAGUCUACAACCCAGGCUACUCCAGUACACUGGACAAAAGUACGGCACUGGCCGUGAAUCCGAGCGGAAUGCGCGACUCAAAGCCGCCUAUCCCGAUGGGGGGUGGGGGUACGGUGGGUAUGAGCUCUGUGGGCAGACAGAUACCCGUCCAACAUCUUCAGUCUACGGGCAGCCACUCGGCCCAGGCCCCCACGCAACUCGUCAAUGUUAGCUCCAUGACGGACAGCAGGGGAAUCGUUAUUGGCCCUCCCAAGUAUCCAGCAGGGAAAAAUGUGCUAUUGAAUAAUGCUGGGUAUACCCAAUCAGUCACUCACUCCGUCACACAGCAUUAUAUAUUAGGUGGUGGAAUGAACAGUCCAAACCUGCCUAAAGCUGGCUCCAAUUACUCAAGCCCACGCUCAAGUCUAGGAAGUGGAGGUGGGGAUUCGAAGAGCUCUAGUCCAAGAACUAGUCUAGCUAACCCUCCGCCACCCCCUCCUUACGAUCACAGGUAUGGUGGUAGUCCAAGAUCUAGCAUAACUAGUCCACGCUCCAGUUUAAGUGCUGAAUCAAAACAUUCAAGCCCAAGAGCAAGUCUGACAGGUGUGCUAUUUGACAAAUUCCCAAGUCCUCGUACAAGCUAUGCUGCUCAACCUGAUAUACACGUUCACAUAGGACAUCAUGCUUCUCACAGCGGAAUAUCAAGUCUAGGGCCAAAACAUGCUCAACCGACAUCAUUGCUGAGUGAUAAUCGUUUCAAUGAACCUGCCCCUCCUCCCCCACCCCCAUAUCACACGGACAUGAGGUUCCGCGCCCUCCCCGCACACACGCCCGCGAGUGUCAGUGUUGGGAAUACCCACCUGGGGUCCAAUCAUAUUCAUACGUACUCUACCAGUUCUCAAGGACAUCCGGUUUAUACAUCGGCACAGUAUGUCGUGUCUCCAAAUUCCACUGGCCUACAGAAUAGCCAGAGCAUACAUGUACCCGCAAAUUCGUCACUGGGUAACAGUAGUGUCCAUAUAAAUUCUGCUGUCCUUAAUUCACAUGCGCCUAUGAGUGGCCGAUUACCCCUCCACUAUGAGACCGUACCACCCAGGACAGGUGGCCCAUCCGAGGCCGAGAAAAAACUUGCCGCUUUAACUCAACAACUUGAAGAUGAAAUGUGCAUAUCUCCAACGGCUAAGAAAGGGCCUGCUCCCAUGCCCCCACAGGAUGCGGGCAUGAAACCACCCCCACCCUACCACGGGCCUCACAAAACUGAGCCUGUCCUUAUGCAUGGUGGUUACUCUCAUGGAAACACAGCACAGUACUCCAGCCCUAUCGUUCACACUUCUCAGCCUCACUUACAAAGCAUGGGUGUGGCUAAUAACGCUUAUCCAGUUAGUUCUGCGUUUACGCCUCCAAAUAGUGUCCAGCAUGCGAAUAGAAAUGUGUCCUCCCCCAGCCCUACAGGACGACCACAACUAAAUUACCAUGUGACCCCGCCACCGGCGAAGGGACCUACAGAGGCAGAGAGAAAACUGGCGGCUCUUACUCAGCAGCUUGAGGAUGAAAUGGAAAACAAUCCUCAGGGCGAAUAUUUUGGUCAGUGCUACACGUGUGGGGAGAAGGUGACUGGGGCCAGCGAGGCCUGCCAGGCCAUGGCGAAUCUCUACCAUACAAAGUGCUUUGUCUGUUGUUCUUGUGGGCGGACGUUGCGAGGAAAGGCUUUUUACAAUGUUCAUGGGAAGGUUUACUGUGAAGAAGAUUAUUUGUACUCUGGUUUCCAGCAGACGGCAGAGAAGUGUGUGGUGUGCGGACAUCUGAUCAUGGAGAUGAUUCUGCAGGCAAUGGGCAAGUCAUAUCACCCGGGCUGUUUUCGGUGUUGUGUUUGUAAUGAAUGUCUGGAUGGUGUCCCCUUCACCAUAGAUGUGGAUAACAAGAUUUACUGUGUGGCUGAUUACCACAGAGUCUAUGCUCCCAAGUGUGCGGCCUGCGGUCAAGCUAUUACUCCGGUAGAGGGUACAGAGGAAACCGUUCGCGUGGUGUCGAUGGACAAGGACUUCCAUGUGGAUUGUUAUCAUUGUGAGGACUGUGGCCUACAGCUGACAGAUGAGCCAGACAAACGCUGCUAUCCUCUUGACAACCACCUGCUCUGCCACCGCUGCCACAUCAAGGAGCUCAACAGACAGUUUCCUAAUGAGCAGUUUUACCUGGACCCCAUGACGUACAACAUCCAGAGUCGCAGUGACAGCACAAGGAAUUCUGGCCCAACCCACGUGGCCCUGGCCUCUCUGCAUGGCCCAUACAUUCCCCCAGCCUCCUCCUCUUACGACCAUCCCCAGCAGACUCAGCCCCUCGGCCACCCCAAUGGGAACGGGGUGGCAUCCCCGGAUCAUGAGGCAGGGUACAACUCUCAGCUGUACAAUCACAGCCCCUACAUGACACCCUCAGGGGCCACACUGCCACGCUAUCAGAUCACGGACUUAUAGCAAUGACAGUCAAGGCUUAGGCAUCCAGCUCCACCCCCUCAGGGUCCUGAGCCUUAACUGGUCACCGUAGUGCUCCAUGUCUGUCUCAUGAAGGCCCACCUCCAUACCCCAACCUUUGGCCCUCGUGGAGUUCUGCCUCCAUACCCCAAGCCCUGCCUAUCGUGGAGGUCCGCCUCCAUACCCCAAGCCCUGCCUGUCGUGGAGGUCCGCCUCCAUACCCCAAGCCCUGCCCAUCAUGGAGGUCUUCCUCCAUAUGCCAAGCCCUGUUCCUCAUGAAGGUCUGCCUCUGUACCCCAAGUAAUACCCCAUCCCAGUUCCCAGCUGCGCUGUAGGUGGGGAUGUUUUCAUAUAUCCAUUGUACAUUAGCUUUCAUAUGCCAUCCCCAAGGGAAGCCAAACCAGUUAUAAUGCCAUUUAUUAUGCCUUGAUCAGCAUUUUAUACUACAAUGCCUGCUAACAUGGUUGUCGCAUUACUGUCCUUAUUUAAUGUCGAGUAUUUCAGUAAUCUUUGAGUCUUGUGUAUAGAUAUGACACGUCAUCUUUCUGAUUGUGAUUUGUCUGGUGAGGAAUUUUGUUUUUGAGAAACUCUCACCGUUGUUUAUGUACAGUGAGAAAUUCUCACUUAUGUCUGUUGAGAAAUUAUCAAGGUAGUAUAUGGAUAUCAGCUUGCUCUGCAUCUGUAUUCAACAAGUGUAAAUUGGUGUACCUCAUGAGAAUAUAGUUUUUGGCUUUGAAUGUCAGUGACAUAUUCUUGUUAUUUUGAUUGGUGGAAAAGAAAUUAUGUGAUAAUAAGCCAUUGGCAGUGAAACAUGAAACAUUAAAACAUUUGUACAAAUUUAUGUACAUCAUUGUUUUCAUGUAUUUGAUGAGUUACAGUAUACUGUAUAUUUUUACCCUAGCUAAGGAUUGAAACCUCAAGGGGACCUCCUUGACCAGCACACCAACGUGGGAAUGACCCAGGAGCCUCUCACCAAUGCGGUCGCUGUGAGUUCCUGAUGGCUUUCUCCCCGGCCGUACGUGGGAAGGUUUGCCAGCAACCUGAGGAUGGUCAUGGGUUUCUGUCGGGCUCUGCCCAUUUUCCUCCUGCCAUAAUGCCAGCCGCCAUCGUAUAAGUGAAAUAUUCUUGAGUACAGCGUAAAACACCAAUCAAAUAGAUAAACCUCAACUUUGUUGAAAAUAAAUUUAUUAGAUUAGAUUUGGAUGAAUGUUAGCACUAGCCAGGCAUUCGUCAUAUGAUCUGUCUUAUCUUCCUGCCAGUGUACAGGAUUAUUGCGUUGUUUCGUAAUGUGCUUUGCUGUGAAUGUCUGAGGAGUUGACCGCUAUUACUGAGCUAUACCUAAUGAAUUAUGUUUCAUUCAGUUAAAACUGUAAAGCUAAAAAAUUUUUUUUUGCGAUUGGCUGAUAAAUUGUAGUGCCUUAACAUACAUUUCACAUUUUGUCUUCUCUGGUUUUCACCUGGUAACUGUUUAGCAGAUUCUCUGCAGUUUUGACAGCAUGUUUUUAAUAGAAUGGUUUUAUACUCUCAUGUAGACAGUUUUUAUUCAUGCACUGGGCUGGAUUCUCCAGAUAUUUUGAUCAAGAUUUAAUAUUUUGUCUUGUUUUAUACACAUAUCCCUAUAUUUGUUCAAAGAUCUGAAAAAAGAUGCCUGUGUAGUGUAUUGAUCAAAAUCUGUCCAAGUCAACACUCGGCUUGGGUUGCUUAUUUCUUGUGCUAUUUCUUGGUAAUGUAACUUAAUACUCAGUUCAGUAAUAUUGUUGGAUUAUUCAUGCAGUUUACAUGUACAUGAGCAGCUUUCCUCUGAUGAUAUUUAUAUCUUCAGUUAGGCUCUGAACUACAUGAAUGGUGGCUUUUCUAAAUAUACUUGUGAAAGAAUGGAUUGACUGUUAAUGCAUGGCAUCGUGAUCAUUGGGGACAAGAGAUGUGAUAGUUAUAUACAUACUGUAUGUGUGUGUAUAAAUAUAUAUAUAUGUAUA